UGGGGGAGCACCGGGCCGGCUGCGAUUGGCCCCGGUUUGCCUGUCUCAACGUUCGGAGCGCCCGGAUUGGCUGGAGGCUGCGCCAAGGACUAAGAAGUGAAUGAGGGGGGAAAUAAGCGCCGCCCCCCUAUAGAACGUUGAUACAUUAUAACUUUUUGUGUGUGUGUGUGUUGGUACCGUGUGUGUGCGCGCGCGCGUGUGUGUUACUUUCACACCGCGACACCGGCGGAGCUCGGAGCGGCGGCUGCCGGGUUCAGCCCCAAAGGGGGGGAUUCAGGAAGGAAAAAGCUUUUUCUCCCCCCCCUCCCCACUUCUCCUCCUGCACCCCCCACACCACGGAGGCAGCACCCUCUCCUUCCCACACAGCGCGCCCUCCCUGCGAGCAGCGUCUCCCGGCGAGAUCCGCGUCCUCAGGAGGCAUCCGAGGAGGGGGAAGGGAAAUUCCCGAUGGCAGAGUGACGUGGGGGGGGGUUUAGGUUUUGAGGGAGGUUUAAAUCGGGGCAAACUCCCCUGUUAUUCAGGGAGAGCUGGUCCCCGCCCCUCCCGCACCAAGUCCCCUCUAGAACCCCGCGCGAGGAAGACCUGGAAGGACCACGCGGAUCCGGAGUGACCCUUGGAUAUUAAACCGGAGCGAGGGAGGACUCGGGAAGGCGAUCCCACCCCGGCUGGUGUGUGUGUGUGUCACCGAAUGGACCAGCAGCCCAGCGCCAGGAGCUGCAGCCGGGGUGCCCCAGCCUGCGAGGCCGUCCCGAACGAGCCCUCCAUGAAUCUGUACAUCAACACCACCACCGGGACCCGUUAUGAGCUCUCCGUCCCCGUGGAAGAGACGGUGGAAGGACUGAAGCGGAGACUGUCACAGAGGCUCAAAGUGCCUAAGGAAAGGCUGGCGCUCUUACAUAAAGAAAGUCGUCUCAGUUCUGGAAAGCUGCAGGAUUUGGGGGUCGUGGAAGGAAGCAAACUGACACUUGUCCCCACAGUGGAAGCUGGCUUGAUGUCUCAGGCAUCCAGACCAGAACAGUCGGUGAUGCAGGCUCUGGAAAGCUUAACUGAAACUCAGGUCAAUGACUUCCUGUCUGGAAGGUCCCCCCUGACGCUAGCCCUGCGGGUCGGCGACCACAUGAUGUUCGUGCAGCUCCAGCUGGCGGCUCAGCAGAGCGGAGGGCAGCUCCAGCAUCGGCACGUCAUCGCCAGCCGGGGGGAGCCCGGGGCAGCGGCCGGCCCACCCCAGUGCAGGACGCUUCACGGAGGGAGCAGCUCCAACUUCGCCCGCAUCCCAGUGGUGCCACCUGCCAGCAGAAGCCCCGCCCCCAGCCCCGCCCCCUCGGCACAGGCCACGCCCAUGUACUGUAACGCCGCCCACCCGGCCCCUGUCACAGCCGGGAUGUUCCGGUCACAUGGGGCCAGCACGCAAACAGUUAACAGCAGCGUCGUCUCCUCCUGCUCAGAGGUGGACUGUAGCACCCGGAGUAACAAUUCUGCCAGCAGCAACCCAGCCCCAACAAGCCGAUCCCGCAAGCCUGGCGCAGUCAUAGAGAGCUUCGUUAACCACGCUCCUGGGGUCUUCUCAGGGACCUUCUCCGGCACUUUGCACCCCAACUGCCAGGACAGCAGCGGGCGGCCCCGGCGUGAUAUCGGCACCAUCCUUCAGAUCCUCAAUGACCUCCUGAGCGCCACGCGGCACUACCAGGGCAUGCCUCAGUCCCUGACGCAGCUGCGGUGCCAGACCCAGUGCGCCCCCUCCUCGCCCCCGCCCUCCCGGACCCCGCCGGCAAAACUACCUCAGAGAAACUGUACGUCCGCAACCACCAUGGCCUCGCAGCCCCUGCACUCCGUGGUCCAGUGCCAGAGCCAAAUCAGGAUGUGCAAGCCCAGUGGUGACCGUCUGCGGCAGACCGAGAACCGCGCCACCCGCUGCAAGGUGGAGCGCCUGCAGCUGCUGAUGCAGCAGAAGAGGCUGCGUCGGAAGGCACGGCGGGACGCCCGGGCCCCCAUACACUGGCUGCCAAAUCGCAAGUCCAGCCGGACCAACAGCAACAGCAGCGUGUCUAGCGAAGGCAGCCUGGACCUAGACUUCGAGGAUUCAGUGUGGAAGCCUGAAGUCAAGGCCGACCUGAAAUCAGAAUUUGUCGUAGCAUAGACACACACACACCACACCCCCCCCACCCCCCAGGCUGAUAUGAACGAACAGGGCCUGUGGUGGGACAGACCCCGCCGGGGAGAGCCAGGACUCUCGUCUCUUCAGUCCCAUCGCUCGGAUCUCCUCUGUAUUCGCCGGAUGCCUGGGGCAGACCUGGGUGACGUCUGUCGGAAAAGCGUGGAGGGGUUGCCCCACUUUUGAUUUUUGUUCCUGGUUUAUUUUUCAGAGGGAAGGGGAUGGGAUGAGGGUGGGAAGGGAGCUCUCCCGGACGUAUGAUGCGGGGAGAUGAAGCGCUUGGAGUUUCAAGCUGGCGAACUGGAUUUUGUUUUGUUCCCGUUUUGAAUAAUAAGUGGACUCUAACAUGCCUGCCUUACACCGCCGCCGAACCAAUAAAGCCAACGCACGAGAAACUGAACGGAGCCCGUCUGACGAAUCAACAGGCUCCAGACUUCCUACUUUUUCGCAGAGCGGAGUGCUUGCUCGUCGGAUGGGAGAGGGGAACUGUGGUUUAUCAAAGCUGCUCAUUUCGCUGUGAAAGACCCAAGCAUGCACAGUACAAGCAAGCGCUCCCUGUAGGCUCGGAGCCUGGCGCUCGCUAUAUAUAUAUUUGGGGGGGGGGGGGCGUGGGGAGGGCAGCUGUGCAUGCUUGGGCCACAUGGGAUCCCAGAAUUUGGGGCUGUUUAUUUUUCCUUCCCUCUUUAUAUGUAGCAUUGCUCAGCUGUUGUUGGUUGUUGUUGUUUUUUUUGUUUUGUUUUGUUUUUUUUUUGUAAUUUUAAUUUAAUUUUUUUAAACCAAUCCAACCCUGUCCCAACUCCACACAGUUAGGUUGCAGAACCCACAUGCACUUUACAGGUCUCAGUUGUGAAGUAGUGCCGGGGCAGCUCUCCCCCGUCCCCCACCAGUAACAGCUUUGUGCUGGCUUUGGAGAUCUCUGUUACGGACCCUCAGAGGAGAUGCUAGGGGCAUCCUCCCAGUUUGUUUAUUCCCAACCCCCACCCCCUGCUUUGCAUUGUAAAUUACAAUGCAAUAGCUCUAUCCUUUUUUUUUUUUUUAAAAAUUAUUUUUGGUUGUUUGGGUUUUUUUGGUGUGUGUGUGGGUGUGUGUGUGUGUGUGUGUAUGUGUGUGUACUUAAUUCUGACUCGUUGCGGCAGCAAAGGUGGCUUGCUUUAUUUUCUAUGGAAGAGGGAGGGUAAAAUAAAUAGAUUUCCCCUCUGCUGUAGAGACCAACUUUUUAAUUUCAGAAGGUUUUUUUUCCACCCAGCUGUUGGUUGUGUGUUUUUUUUUUAACUUAAAAAAGGAAAAUUAAGAAAAAAAAUAAAAUAAAAUCCAGUACUUGGUAAUGGCUGUUUGCAGGCCUUGGGGCUAAUAUUUUAUAGACAUUAAUAACUUGACUGAGCCAGUACUGACCUAGUGUUGCCUAGACUGUAGAAAUCCUUUUUCCUGUCCAUUUGUUUUUUUCUUCCUUCCCCGUCAGGAGAUCUGUGCAAAUAGAAAACCCCACGUGAUGUGUUUUUUGUCUGUAAAAGUCUUUUUUGUGUGUUUUGGGGGAGGGGUGGGAAAGGAGGGGGUGGGGGUGGGGGGGGAGAUCAAAUUUUCCAUCUUUACUUUUUUUUUUUUUUUUUUUUAAAUUUGGGUGGUAUGGAUGCAAAUAAACUUUAAAAUAACAUGAAUGAUCGGGGGGGGGGGAAUCGGGAAAGAAAAGUAGCAGUCCCUGUGGAUUUUUCUGGGGUUUUUCCCUUUUUUUUGGUAGCAUUAACUCAAACUUGGGGAGAGACAGGAGCCCUUGAAUCACAGUUAGCUGAAGAUAGCGUAGGGAGGAGGGUGGGGGUUGGGAAAACAACCCAAUUUUGUCCCCCCUCCAAGGGGACUCGAGUUGGAAUGUUAUUUGCAGAACAAAGGGUGCUGCUGGGGAAUGAGUUAAUUCAGGCCAAAGUGGGGCUGAAAGGAGUUGGUGCUUUUAAUUUCCAAAACCCCCCUCCCUCGCAUCCCCCAGCUUUAUUUCCCUCUCCAAGUCGAAGGGCGGCAGGGAGGGGCUACCCCCUUGCCUUUGGUCUUGCUCUGGGCCCUAGCCUUUGUCCGGGGUUAGAAGUGCUCUGGUCUGGGUUUCUACUGCUGUAUCCCCCCAGCGCUCUCCCCUCUGCAGCCGCCUGCCCCAUGAAAGGAAAAACUUGAAGCAACUUUCCACUAGUGUAUCCUGUUAGCUGGGUACCACCCGUGGCCCUGUUUCCCACCUAUUUCUUUAGCUGGGGGGGAGGGGGAAGCAGGCUGUACCAAUGCCCAUACGGGUGUCCCUAAGGGGGUGUCUCGGAGUAGCAUGUCUGUUUGAGGGCGAUGGGGGCUGGGGCAUCGCUACCCUGGAACGACAGUGCCCUGGAAAUCCAGGCAGGAGCACAGCUGGCCCCGGAUUCUGGGUCCUUUUGGUUUUUAAACUCACUUGUGGGUUUCGGGUUGGUUUUUUUUUUUUUUUUUUAAUCCGUUCUCCCCAAAUGUAUUGAUAUGGCCGUGCCCCCCCCCCCAAUAAAAACACCAGCCCCCCCUUUUUCUUUAUCCCCCACAAUUGUAGCAAGAACCCCACCCGUGAGCUGUCGUCCGGUUUUCUAUUGUGUAGAAACCCAAGUCCUCGGUAACGUCCAUUCCUUCAGCAUCACGGGCCCAUUAUUCUAGCGCCUCGGUGCUAGCUGAUUGGCUCGGCCGCUUUCCGAAUAGUGACGGGACCCCGCCCCCUCUGGUCACGUGACACCAUUACACAUCCUGUUUGCCCCAGCUGUGAACUUCCUUUGUACGUGUUGCUGUCGUUUUUUGUGUUUUUGUUUUUUAAUUUUGUAUUCAAUAUUUAAAUGUACUAUUUUGUACAGUGUGUGCACUCCUGCCAUCAUCCCCUCCUUGGCCUGGGGUUUUUUAAAAAAAAAUAAAAUAAAAAAUCUAUAACGGGGAAAAAAUAACCAUGAUGGGGAGGGGGGGGAAAAGCAUUAACCUUCUCCGGUGUGUGCGUGUGUGCGCGGGUGUGUGCGCGGGUGUGUGCGUGGGGAGGGUAUUCAUGUUAUAUCACCUCAUUUAAGUUACCUGUAUUAAAUAAAAUAAAAAAAUAAUGAUUUAAAAGAUAAUAAACACA